AUGUAGAGUAUUUAAGAGUCAAUUAUUGAUAAAUACCCUGAUAGAGUGUAUGAUUAUUACAAAUAAUUCUUAGCCCAAUUUUACUUGAAAUAAUAGAAAAAUCUAAACUUCAAUUUUCGGAUGGAUCAAAAUUCAAAAAGUAUUUGGUUGAUAAAUCAGAUCACUUUUAUCACUUUUUUUAAAUACUAAGAAACUCUUUAAAAUUGUCAAAGUAAGAAUCCAUCUAUUUAUUUGUGAACAAAACCGGGUUGAUCAAACCAGGUAAUUAAAUUUUCAUAUUUAGAAAGUUAAGUUGGAGAAAUCUAUGCAAAAUAUCGUAGCAAUGAUGGGUUUUUAAGAAUCAUCUUAAAUGAAUAUGCUACAUUUGGAAAUUGUUGA